GAGAAGAAACCACUAUCUUUCUGGGUCUCUCACAAUGGCAGGAUUGGUGUUAUCAGGAUGUGGCAUUAAACCUUUACCCCAAUCUUUUGCCAUACCCACAAAAGGGAUUAUCAUCAACAACACCCACCCAUCAAAACUCAUCUUUUCACACUCUAAAGAUCCAAUCUUUUCAUCAAGAACAACGAACCCAUUUAGGUUUUCAAAUUGGGCAGUCAAAGUGAGCGCUCCAUUAAGAAUUCCAUCACUAGAUGAACAACAUUUAGAGGGUGAAAGAGACAAUAGAAGUACCAGUUCGGAUGAAGAAUUUGUAAAGAAAGAAGAUGAAUUUGAUGCAGGGUCACCACCGCCAUUCAAAUUGGGUGAUAUUAGGGAAGCUAUUCCGAAGCAUUGUUGGGUGAAGGAUCCAUGGAGGUCUAUGAGUUAUGUUGUAAGGGAUGUUGCUAUUGUUCUUGGUUUAGCAGCAGCUGCAGCUUAUCUUAACAAUUGGCUUGUUUGGCCACUUUAUUGGGCUGCUCAAGGGACCAUGUUUUGGGCUCUGUUUGUGCUUGGCCAUGAUUGUGGCCACGGGAGCUUCUCAAACAAUCCGAAGCUAAAUAGCGUGGUUGGGCAUCUUCUACAUUCUUCAAUUCUUGUGCCUUAUCAUGGAUGGAGAAUCAGCCAUAGAACACAUCAUCAAAAUCAUGGGCAUGUGGAAAAAGAUGAGUCAUGGCACCCGUUAUCCGAGAAAACGUUCAAGAGUUUGGAUUGGAUGACGCGAACAUUGCGCUUCACCCUCCCUUUUCCAAUGCUUGCUUAUCCUUUUUACUUGUUGAAUAGAUCUCCCGGAAAGAGUGGUUCACACUUUCACCCAGAUAGUGAUUUGUUUGUCGCCGUUGAGAAAAAAGACGUGAUCACUUCAACAAUUUGUUGGACGGCCAUGGCUGCCAUGCUUGUCGGUUUGAACUUUGUUGUUGGUCCAAUGCAAAUGCUAAAACUCUAUGGCAUUCCGUAUUGGAUAAACGUUAUGUGGUUGGAUUUCGUUACCUACUUGCAUCACCAUGGUCAUGAAGAUAAACUUCCUUGGUAUCGUGGAAAGGAGUGGAGUUAUCUAAGGGGAGGACUCACCACCAUUGAUCGUGAUUACGGUUGGAUUAAUAACAUCCAUCACGACAUUGGAACUCACGUCAUUCACCAUCUCUUUCCCCAAAUCCCGCAUUAUCACCUGAUUGAGGCCACGGAGGCUGCAAAGCCGGUGCUCGGAAAAUAUUAUCGAGAACCAAAAAGAUCGUGGCCGCUCCCUUUCCACUUGCUCGGUGAACUCAUCACAAGCAUGAAAAAAGACCAUUAUGUUAGUGAUACCGGAGACGUUUUGUACUACCAAACCGACCCCAAACUUAGCGGGUCAAAGAGGAGGUAAAGGUUACUGAUUUAUACAUUGUUUUUUGCUCGGAAUGACGAUCGUGUGCGUUAUUUCAAGCAACAUUCUUUUGCUAUUAGAAUCCAUCUGUAGGGCAAUUUGAUAAUUGGUUGGGUGUUUGAUAUAUUAAUAGGGUUUAUAGAUACAAGUCUAUUCUUUUAGUUGAUUUGUUUUAGUUAUUCCCAAAUUUUCAUGUAACAUUUACAUUGAUUUGUUUUGGAAAAUUCAAAGCAAAUGGA